UGCUUACCGCUGAGAAGCAGAACCCUAUAUAGCCGACUUUCAAAUUGUGCCACCAACAAUUGCCCAAUCCAACACUCAACGAUAGGAAUCAAACUCGCAGUUCCCAAUUUCUCUGUCUCCUUCGAUUCAUUGGCGUCUCCGUUAAGCUUUCCAAAGGUGUCAUGGAGUCGAGAGUUGGGCUCUUGUUUCUUUGUCUGUUGGGUGCUAGCUGGGCUUGUGAUGCUAGACAAUUGGGAGACUCUGACAUUGUGGCCGUGCAGAUUAGCAAGCAGGGGCAAGUAGAGGGAGGAGGUUUAGAAAAUGAUAAUGUGUGCACACUGUGUGAGGAAUUUACUGCCAAGGCAGUUGAUUACCUUGCCGACAACAAGACCCAGACUGAGAUCAUAGAUGUACUUCACAUGAGCUGCUGUCGUUUGGCUUCUUUCAAAAAGAAGUGUAUCACUUUGGUGGACUAUUAUGCUCCUCUGUUCUUCUUGGAGAUAUCGACUGUUCAACCUUUAGAUUUCUGUAAAAAGGUUAACCUUUGUCAACAAGUGGCAAUCAUUUCUUCACAACUACGUGAAGAUAGCUGUGGUUUAUGUCAUCAUGCUGUUUCAGAAGUACUAAUCAAAUUGAAAGAUCCUGACACACAGCUUGAGAUACUUGAGCUGCUUUUGAAGGGAUGUAAUUCUAUGCAGAACUAUGUCAAAAAGUGCAAGAAGAUGGUCUUUGAAUAUGGCCCUCUGAUCCUUACGAAUGCAGAGCAAUUUCUGGAAACAACUGAUGUAUGCACCUUGCUUCAUGCCUGCAAUUCGCCUGGUACUGGUGUUGAGCAAGCAGCAGAGGUUGUAAAGGUGUUGGCUGAUUCAUAAUUAUUACAGAUCCAGCAUGCUCAGAACUGAAUUCCACGCUUCCUACUGUGUAAAAUUGUUUUACCUUUAAAAAUGAUUGUACAAUUAUAAAAUUAUAACAUAUUGUGCUUCAGGUGUAAACAGUAAAGUGUGUUGUAUUGAAAUUUGAAUGCUACUCUGAAAUUUGUCCCCAGAAAUAUCAAAACCAUAGUCUGAAAUUUUCUCUGUGCCAA